UUCUCGGGCCCAGCUUUCUCGGAUAUCCUUUUAAUCCGAUGUACAGCAUGCCUGGUACAUCAAGAGAGGCAAAUGGAAUGCACAAUGCAGCUAUCUCUUUUGCUAAUCCACACACACAUAAUCCAGCAGAAAAUGAAUUUGAGUCCUUAGCAGAUCAACAGAGCACAGAAGAAGAGUCUGAGAAACAAGAUACAGAAGACGAUAGCCUAGAUGAAAGCACUUCUGGCAAAAAAAGAAGUGUUGUACAGGCUAGAGGACAAAAGAGAAAAGCUAAGGAAACAGAAACAUCUACUUCUCAUUCUACAGAAAAGAGCAAAAAAGACAAGAAGGAAAAAACAGCCCAGACAAUUAACACACCGGCGGCUAAAAGCGUGAAAGAAAAAACUAAAAAUAAAUUCGGCAAUAAAGUAUGGAGUGAUAGAAGACUGAUGAAUAAGAGGAGAAAAGGCUAUAAGUCCAAGCAUAGAACAAUAUAUAAAAUUGGUCCCUACAACAAGCCAUAUAGCCUAGCUUUAGGAGAAGAGUCUCAGCAAGAAAAAAACAUAAAGACUAUAGAACACUUCUGCAGGGAAGUUGCUCCAACAUUAGAGCAGAAUGCGCUGUGGUACUUUAUUGCAAGUAGAAGCACGAAUAUAGGCACAAAGCACAGUGAUCUUUUGUGGCUGAAGAAGUUUUUUAAGAACGAAGAAGCCAACGAGUAUAAGAAAAUGGUGGUGGGUCUUGAAGGGUACUAUCCCGGCGUGUUUGACGACAUGAUCGACUACAUAGAAAACCACCAGCCGAUAAGAAUCAACAAAAACUGCCCUCCAACUGAGUGGGAGGAAACGCUGGGAGAUAUCUAUCUUCGAGAAGGCCUGAAGAUAAACGACAGUGUGGUAAAAGAUCAGGACAAGAUCAGCGAGAUAGACGAAAAGUAUCGUCCACUGGCAUACGCUGUGCACAUGAUUCUGACACUGCCUGAAGUAUACCAAGACUUCUCCAAGAUUAGUGCGGAGUUUAUAGAAGACACCCAGACCUCUAAAGAUCCAGACAGAAACGAGCAAAACCAGCAAAUUCUACUAUCCCUACACAAACUGGUGGAAAUGCAUGUUAAAAAAAUAGAUGAUAGUGAUGGUACGUAUGAAGAGAUCUAUACCGCCUUUGAAAAUAUAUUUGCAGGAAAAGAACUAUCGAAGCUAACAAUAGUUGAUCUGUACAGAGAGCUACACACAAUUGUUGGAAAGUUCUAUGAGAACGCAGAAGCAAUUGAGAGCGAGUAUGUCCUGGCAGGAAAGUGCAUAAUAACAAACCAUAAGUACAUGAAAUGCGAGAUAACAGCAGAUAUAGCAUCGAAAAACAUAAACAGAAGAGUUUCAAAUUCGAACUAUUCGCUGGAAGAAAACAGAUGGAACAUUUCUCCUGAUACAAAGAAACACUAUCACAUAUACUACGUAGACAACACAACACAGCAGCUCAGAAUGCUGUGCAUGCCCAUGCAUGUGGAUGAGAGCGGCGCUGAACACUAUUUACACACAAUUAACGACAUAGUAGAGUACAUAAAAAAAAUCUAUAAAAUAGGGAAAAACAGCGUCAUUGUGUACCCGUUUAAAGUGAAUAAAAAAAGCAAAAAAUGGUCAUACAUCAAGAAAAACGACAGAAAACAGACAAUUAAAGACCUGGCAGGGUGUGAAGUAGUGUUCUACCGCAUUACAGACAACCUAAUCACAACAAAAUUCACAUUUGCAGAGUUUCAGCCUUUGGAUGCACAGAACAAAGAUAUUAUUCGCAUACCGCUGUUCCUUACGCCUCUAAUGGUGUCCGCUGUAGAUCUAGGCCCUUUUACCAAAAAAGAUGAGCACAAGGAAAUAGAGUCGAUAUUCCUUGAGAACAAAGAGCCUGAUGUGUACAAGUAUAGUAGCAAAUAUAAACAAAAGCAGUAUUCACAAGUACAGAACUACUACGCUAAUCUAUACAUACUUCCAGAUGCAAUAAAAACUAUAGAGUGCUAUUCGAUGGACUGCAAAGUAUCUGUAGAAGAAGAUAAUACUGUUAAGGCAGAGUGGUAUGCAAGAGCACCUGGGGGCAUAGAUGAGUACACAUGCUGUGUACUGGACAAAAGCUUCAAGGAAAAAAGAGAUUUUUCAAGUUUCAAUGCUUUUAUUGAAACACUGGAGUCAAGAGAGUACAAUAAGGGCAGCGAUCUGCAAGGAUUCUGGAUAAAUGACAAUAAAGAUGAAGAAAGUGAAUCUGAAGAGCCAAUGCAGAAGAUAUGCAACUGGACAGUAAAAAAUAACGAAUAUAGUGAAUUUGCAAACUUCUACACAAUAAGUGAAAUUGAGCUAAAACUAGCCAAGGAAAAGAAAAAGUUUGAGAAAAAAGAAAGCCACCAGAAAGGCUUAGGAAGGAGACACAAAAAUGAUUCAGCGCUUCUUGUAAAACAAAGAAAUAGAGCAACAUCUGCAAAAUACAAAUCAAAAGUCAGAAUAGACGACCUGCGCAAAACACUGUGCAUAAAAUUAUCUAAAAAGCCUGGUGUGCAAACAGAUUUUAUAGUGUUUAGAAAUGCAAAUGUGAGCAAAUCUAAUCUGGGAGCGCACAACGAGAUCCUUGACCUUUUAGUUUCGUGCUAUAACCACAAACCCGUGAAUCAAUGCAGCUAA